UGUCAGUCGCACGCCGGUCGUUGAAUGGAGCGGGUGUGGAGACGCGUACAGGGUGCCGGGCGUCGCGGUGCCGCGGCCCGUUGCGGCUGCCCCGUGCAGCCGUGCCAGUUACACGUGGACCAACGCGCGAAGCGCGGCGGCGGCGGCCGCAAGUCCCGCGGCAGUUCUGGCGGCGGGCCCCAGACCAUCGUCUGCGGCUGCCAGGUGCAGCCGUGCCCGGUGCAUCCGGUGCUAAUCAGGGUUCGUCGUACGCGACCGGCUGGUGCUGCUUCAACUGCCGCGGCCGCAGCCGCCGCCGCGACUACCGUUAGCUGCGACUGUCCGCCGGAGUCGCAGCCCUGUCCGCAUCGAGGGUCGGCCGUACGAAGGGUUAGAAGAUGCGAGUGCGCGGAUCGUUCCUGCCGGCACACAAUCUGCGGCGCCGGUACUCGUCGCCGAGUGCAAUCUUCCUCCUCUCCCGUUUCCUCCAUGCAGCUGCAACAGUCACAGCAGCAGCAGCAGCAGCCGUGCGAGUGCGCCGAGAAAUCAAACUGCGCCCACACAGGCGGCGGCGAGGCGCCGUGCGAGUGCGAGUGUGGCGAGGAGGCGAAGCCGUGCCCGCAUACGAUUAAAACGCGCCGUACGCGCCGCACGUGCACGGACUGCAACUGCAGCGGCACGCAGCCCUGCGGUCACAAGCCGCAGCCCGAGGGCCGUAUCAAGCGGGUCAAGUGUCGCAUGAGGCGCGCCGGCUGCGCGAUGGCACGUUGCACCGCCGAGCUCGCGAUGCUGCAUUUGCACUGGGAGCUCGCCACCGAAUGUGCGCCCUGCAGGCCGCGCGCGCUCACGCGACGGCUCUGCAGGAGGCAACAGAGCGACAACGAACUCUAUCGCAGCAACAGUUUCAAGUUUGAACGCUUUGAGCGUACCAAGGACGAAUGCGUCACGCCGCUCCGCAAACAGGUAUCGUUGUGCGACGAUUACAGUCUACCCGUCGACUUCGUGAACAAGAGACGUCCAGCGAGCGCUGCAGCUGCAACUUCCACGGUGCAAUGGAUCCUGCCGAGUCCUACUGUAGAGAAUGCGGAAAUCGAGGUUGUGGAACAAUACAGCGACCCUAGAGACAGCAAGAGCAAAGCGUACGUGGAGCCGGGAGCAGAGUCGUCUUUGCCGACGAUUUACAGCAAAGCAAAUCGCAACUACUGCCGACCAUACACAGAUCCUUCAGCGUCCGGUUCAUCCUGCGAAGACGACGAGGACGGACGGACAGUUAUCGUUAGAAAACGAAAAAAUAGCGUCUACGCUUCCUCGACUCGUGCUCCAUCAGCGGACAGGGAUACUUUAAAUUCGACCGAUGGUCUGCUCGUAGAUUGCGUCGCUCUGGUACAUCUCACUGAUCAAUCCCCGACCGAGUCUGCUCAACCCGUGCGUCAUCCGUCGCCAUAUUACUACGGCGAUCUGUUCAAGGUACCGGAGCAAUUAUCCAAAUCACAACCAAGCCAGUAUCGGAAAAGCGUCAGUCUCGAUGUACCGGGCGAGCGCUCGCGCACACCCGGUGUACCCAAGAGAAACUCGGUAGCGGGUGAUGGAGGCUCGUACUCGUCUCAGCCACGGCAUUAUCAGCAACUGCAGCAGCCGUAUCCACCGCCACCGCUACCACCGUACUAUCGCAAUCAGGAUCUAGUGAGCCCCACGUCGGGGAGCGAGCAUGCUGUCCCAGCCAGAAACGAGAUCCUCUCGUCGUGCAUCAUCACCGAGUGGGAUCACACCCUCAUGCCUCCUCAUAGGCUGCUGAGCCAUGAUCUGCCUACCGCCGUUUGUACCUGUAUCGCAUCGCCUGAAGAGGAAGAGGAUGAGCUAGAUCGACGGCAGCCGCAAGUGACGCGGCAUCAAGUGCGCAAGCUACGACGUACGCGGAGGAUAGACCCGCAGCCGAUACUCGUCGAGAACGAGGACGACGUGGAGGGUGAGGACGAGGGGGUGGAGGGGGACGAAGAAGACGCGGAGCCCGAGGAAGAGGACGAAGAAGGAAUGGCCAGGCAACGUCACCUCUACGAGACGGCCUUUGACUGCAAGGUCAAUCGCUCCGACGAUGAUCUUGACGAUCCCGAUCGCGUCACCAAUCAUGCGGUACUACAUUCCCAGAUACGGGGUAGCGGUACUGCGCCAACGAGUAGAACGAGUUCGUCAAUAGACAUGUCGCAACAUCAGCAAUCGCUUCCUUACGCCAGUCAGUCACAGUCAAGCAAAGAUAAUCGACGUAAGGUUGUACUUCUCCGCCCAAAACCGAUUCCGAGCCGCUUGCAGCAGCAGCAGCAACAGCAGCAGCAACAACAGCAGCAGCAGCAACAGCAAUCGCAACAACAGUCAGACAAUAUUUCUACUCUGUCCCAAGAUAUCGAGUCCCUCCAAAUCAAUUCGAGCGAUGAGAAAACCGGAUCUCCGAGACUACCAGCGCGUGAUUACACCCCGUCACCGCCAUCGACCGCACCCUUACCCGCAAAAUUUCAUGGAAACCGAGAUCAUUUGCUGUUGAAUAUUCGCAGCGCGCCGAAUUUACCUUCGCAACAGGAUCAUCCCCGUUUGAAGGAUAUGAGAUUACCGGUGAAAUCGUUGUUGCGUGCCAAGGACUCGCCGCAGAGCAGCGAGGGCAGCAUUCUUGAAAUCAAAAGCCGACCGAAGACCUUCGUCCCGGAAAAUAUUGAUUCUUCGCAGGGCCGUCGAUUCGACAAGGAGCUUAUAUUGGAAUUCAAAGACAGGCCCCGGGAGGAGCGGCAACGACCACGCAGUCUGAUCCGCGAGAGCAGGCCAAUAAUGGAGUUCAAGGGCAGGCCUCACGAAGCGGAGAGCGAACACGCGCGACCGCGAAGAGAAGCUGGUCUCUUGGAGUUCAAACUGCGUACUCCGAGACGUCGCGCUGGUUACUCCAGCACGGAGAGUAUGGCGACUAGCAGCAGCGGCGGCAGUAUGGAAUCCAUCAGGAGUAGCACUAGCGAGGGUAACAGAUCGACCAGUAGCUCUGACAGUCGACACAGCACCAGAUCACUGAGCUCCCACAGCUCAGACAGCAGCAGCAACUGCUUCCAUCAUCAUCAACAGUCGCUACCUGGCUUUCUAAACCAUCACGCUACUAAGCUGCAUAUUCUCUCGCCGAUCUCCGAUAAAUCUUCGCAAGAGCCGGCCUCGGAGACCUCCGACAACAAUCGCAAUAAUAAUUCGCAGAAGGCCUCACCCGAGGAGAACGUCACCGCGGAGAACAAUGUCACGGCGGGCAACAACACUAACACGAACACGGUCACCUCGCCCAUGGACACGUCUUUUAAGAAGCGGCGAACGCCGCAGAACAAGAAUCUUAUUAACCUUGCUCUGCAGUCAUCGUCGUCGGGCGACGCAGAGAUCCAGGGAUCGGACAGCGGUAUAUCCAUCGAGUCCCGUGCUGGUAUCAAGUGUAAACCCUUCGGAUUUCAUUUGUUGAAGCCGCAGCUUGACAAUAUUAAUUUCGUCGACAACGAGCCGGAACUCUCGGAUCUGCCCUUCGACAUGCCAAAACUGCGAAGAAGACGGCUGCUGAUGCAACAGGAUGCCACUACAUCCGGAAGCGCGACCAGUGUGGACCUAAGGGAUUUACCUUUCGACAUGCCGAAACUUAGGAAACGUCUCAGAUGUACUCAGAGUACCGAAUCUAGCGCGUCUCAGGCGUCAUCUAGUCUCUCAGUACGCGAUGUAGAGCCGCCUUCUUUAUUUGGCGGCGGUCUGGCGCGCCCGAAGAUGACUCUGAAUCUGGAUGCCGGUAGUAACGCGGCGGGAACGAGCGGUGGGAAUCCGGGCGGUCAAUUGGUGCCGAAGAAACCCGGUGGUCUGAGUCUCGGCUUACCGCUGGAAAUCAGCACCGCUCGGAUAUCGGCCGAUCUGGUUGACGUGGAACUUCCGUUGGAGAGACAAGGGUGGUAUCACGGCUCUAUUACGCGUAUUGAAGCGGAGGGUCUUUUACGAGUUCAUCAAGAAGGAAGCUACCUGGUGAGAAACAGCGAGUCGACCAAACAAGAUUAUUCCCUAUCCCUAAAGAGCGCCCGCGGCUUCAUGCAUAUGCGCAUCCAGAAGAACGAGGAGCUGAACGCUUACAUCCUGGGACAGUUCAGCAAGCCGUUCGAGAACAUACCGGAAAUGGUCCGUCAUUUCAGCGUGAAUCGUCUUCCGAUACGCGGUGCCGAGCACAUGUGUCUCCUGCAUCCGGUCAUAGUUCAGCUUUUGUAGCGCAUCUAUCGUAGCGCCAUUUAAGGCGCUGUAUACCUCUUUUGAUAAUCCGUUUUCUUUUCCCCCCGCCGAAGCGCGCGAUUGCAAUGAACGAUAAGCAUGACAUAGCGAACGAGAUGUGAGAAAUAUUACUUUCGAACGAGGAAGUCUUCCGAGCGUCGGUAGCGAGACGCAAGUUGACUUCCGUAAGAUCCUCCGUAUCAAUUCGCAUUCUGGUUGAAUAAACCGUUCCGCACGAAGAAUGCCAGAGAUAAUGGACAAUAAUAGCAUUGACGGGGAAUGCCGCUUUCCGCCGCGAAAUGUUAGGGGGAGUACGAGUACAGUACAAAAGUAUAAAUUGACUGAGCGAGGCUGCUCAACGAUACACAAUACGAUCGAUCAGACGAGAACGUCCGGGUCCGUGCAAUUUGUUGCGAGAGACUAGUGUCAAACUAUGAAGAAUCUCAGGUCGCUCCAAGUAAAGAUACCUGCUCACAAAUGUCGUCUUUUCGACGCACUUUACUUUCGCACGUCUACAGCCAAGUCCAGGUUUUCUAUUGCACAAUAAAAGAAAUUAGAGUAGGAACGGUGAGUACUCGUCCCAUCCCGUCUCCAUUUCCUUUUCAACUCGAGAGCGUAAAAAGAAAAUCGGUAUUUUACACGCUUCGUCUUCCUCAAAACAUCGCGCAAACCUACCUCACAGGCAAACGCAUGCAUCGCGGCACAAUAUAGAAGUGGACGUUGCAGUACCAGAGGUUGUGGUAGCGGGAGUCCGGGAAACGAAAUUACCUGAAACUACCAGAUACGAAUUAUCGUUCGAUGUAAUAGUGACCGUUAAUAACUCCCGCGAAGGAUAACGAAUUUGGGAUAUCGACGAUUCUAGCAGGUGUAUACGCGAAAACAUUCUCGAGGACGUAUUUUUUCCGAAUUGUUCCUCGAAGCCGCGACGAAUUCUACACAAAAGGAACCUUUCAAAUGGGAUCAGAAACGCUGCUUUACGAAACGGUAUAAUUUAAGUAAGAAGGAAAGGUGUAAUGCGCGUAUUUAGAUUCACACAGAGUGCCGCGUAGAAGCAGCCCAGCGUAGCGCGAGCUGGAAGCCAAAGUAAAAACUAAUCCUAAAUAUCCAGGAGAGGAACGUAGAGCAACAGCUAAGUUGGUUACGCGCAGCGAGCGCGAAUAAAAUGCCAAACUUUACUUCUAAUCAUAAUCGUUUAGUCAGGGUUUAGUUAUCCGUCUCGUCGUUGAUAAGUGCAGAUUAAGUAGACUUUAGUAUGAUAAGCAAGCGUACGACAGUCAGUUGACUCGGUAUCAAUUACGAAUAUUGGGUAAGGCCAGGGUUUUUCGAGUAACCUCGCGAAGAAAUUGCGAGUCGAAGAGACUAUAAUAAACAAGCGAGCUUUUCGCGAAACGACGCGUGCGACAGUGUAGUCGGAAACGCGAGAAAAGAGUGGAAGAAAGACGAUAGUGAUCAGACAGUCUGAAUCAUCGAUGGCUCGUUAUUCGAGCCAUCCGUCCGAGAGUCCACGGGGACACUCGCGGAAGAUUUUUGCGAUAGGAUGCAACUGAUACAUAUUUUUUCAUGUGAUAUUAAUUUGUUACAGAGAUAGCCUAGUUUCACCUGUGAUCUGUUAUUUAAUUCCCUUUGUCCGCGUGAGUCGCGUCGGCACUCCCACGCGAGUGCGCACACGAUAACGAUAAUAAAUAAUUAAACUUGCUAUUAUUAUUAUUAUUACGUAGAAUCAGCAACGAUCGCGUCAUCCAGACGCAAUGAUGAGACGUCCGUGGUGUUACAAUAAUUUUUCAAGUUUAGAAAUUCGAUUCGCAGAGGUUGUGAGCGAAUUUUCAUUGGCCGCGCAAGCGAGAGAAGAGUUUUGCUUGAUCUUAAGUAGUGGCAUAGGGAACCUAUGGCGAGAAAUAGCGAGUGCUAGCACUGUGUUGUAAAAAUCAUCAUAACCGACAGUCUCGUUCGAUCAUUUAGCUGUUUCGAUAUAAACGCGAAGAAGCAAGACAUUAGUUCUUUAAUUAAGCAGACGUUUAAAUUCGCAAUCGCAGAAACACUUGAAUUAUGAGAGUGGCACUCUCUAUUUUCGCGUCUAAUUAGGUUGAAUGUAAUUCAUGCGUCGUACUUUAAGCUGCCAGUAUUAUUAACUGUAAUCGAUAAUGCAUAUCCAUAUAUGUUAAUGUUUAAGACAUAUAUUGUCUCUGUAGCCCCCUCCCCCUCCGAUCAUCGAAACUAUAAUAUAAAUAUAUAUACAUAUAUUUAUUUAUUUCUCCUAUUAUAUUUAUUGUAUUGUAUCGUUAAAUAUGAUGACGAUGAUGAAGUUUCCGUACGCCAUUGAUUUAAUCGCGAAAUCAUAGAGCUGUAACCUAUAGUAAUUCUAGACUCCGUAAACGUAGAUUAAUAACUACUUGUCGUAAGGCAGUACGUAAAUUAUAUGAUAGACACUAACUUGUAGAUACUUCCCGUACCUUGAAAUUUGUAUGAAGUAGAACUUAGACUACGUAACGUAUACAUAAAUAUAUAUUAUUAUAAAUGAAUAUAUACUAGCGCGCAUAGUACUCGUUUGUAGGAUACAUAAAAUAAGAUCGGGCAAAAUCGGAGCGAGUCCAAUAAAUAUCUUGAGCGCUGUGCAUGUGCCCUUUACGUAAAAAGGGAUUUCGGACGGCGAUGUGCAAUAUUCUGACGCGGUCUCGUACGGCCGUGAAAGUGAAGUGCGAUCUAAUAUUUUUGUUUUAGUAUGCAGACCACCGAUGUUCCAAAUCGACUUCACUAGGUAGUCUUGUGUACUCUGGAAAUUUCUCUUAAUAAUAAAAUAAUUAAUAACUCCAAUUUGACAGUCGCAAUUUUGCAAAUCUUUUCAUUUAGAUAUUUCAGGAAAAUCUUUUUACAAAAUUUUUAGAAAAUUUUGUGCGUUAAAAUUUUACAAGAUUGUAUGCCUAUUGUUUCCAAGAAGCGCUAUAAAUGCAUCGAUAUCAACUAAAUUAUAUACAUUUCCUUUAUGCUAUGUAUAUUUUACUUCAUUCAUUCUAUUUCCGUCUCUUCAUUAGAGUUUCGUGUAAGGUAGUCUCAUCCUGAUGUCCAGCUAAGAUAAGUCGUUUUCUUGUGGAUAUGUCGCUUGAUUUGUUUCUAUUGUCUGUGCCGAAUCAAAGAUUGUAAUUUAUUUAAAUAAAAUUGCACAAA